CCCUCUCUCUCUCUCGAGCACCACCACACCGCAAAACAGCGAAACACGAGGCAGUCCUCGACUAGCGGAGGAUGCUUCACGAGAUCUACGCGACGCGGUGUACAUCCCAGCGAGAUACUGAGACGGUGUUCGGUGUUUGAGAUUAAAUGGCGGGAGCGUGCCUGGAGCUUCACGUUCGCUGCUUCGUCUGUCUCGCGACGCUGCUAGGGAGACGCGGGGCCACGGAUCCAUGGAGACGUGUUAACACCAGUCAGUCGAUUAGAGAGCGGUGGGUUUUGCGGACAGGGGGGAGAGGGUGCGUAUCUAGGGCGCUCUGCACGGGACGGCGGUCACGGCAUGCGCAACGUACAGACGAGUAAACAUAGCGUGAAAUGUAUGGCAUCACGCGCACCGAGGUAUAAACGACUCCAAACCAGGACCACCCAAACGCCACAUAACCCAUCAGCAACGCCAAAACCAUCUACUUCCUCUCCCCCUUCCGCCCCGUCCUUCUCAACCUUUCCCCCAAAUCCCUCAC